AUGAUGUGGUGCGAUAAGUGCGCGGGUGAGGGAAUGCUCGUAACGCUGACGAAGAAGCAAAAACGCGCACGAAAAUGGAGACGUCUGGAACUAGAGCAAAGACACCAAGGACGAGGACGAGGGGUUUGUGAGACUGGCGGCGGUGAAGAUGGAAACGAGGCAAACAGGAAGGCGUUUAAGGUUUUGUCUUCAGCUCCGAUUCUUUCUCCUAAGAAUUUUCGGAUGUGUUUCCACUGCGACGGCACGGGAUUAGUGCUCAGCCCCCACGGCGACCUCCCAACCCCAAUGGCGUACUCAUCUCGUGUUGAAAUUAUCGGCGCUGGCAUCGGAGGAGCCGCCCUCGCUCUUACCUUACAGCAACGCGGCGUUAGCGUUGCGCUCUUCGAAAAAGACCAUCGUUUCACAUCUAGGAAGCACGGCUACGGACUCACGAUGCAGAAGUACUCUGGUGGGACUGCACUGAGCCAUCUCGGACUAGUCCUCGAGGGGGUGGGGUCCAGCUCGAAUAUAUCGUUCUCUUCCAAUGGUGACGAGUUAGGCCGCUACGGUCACGCCACUUUGGCAGAUUUUGAUGAAUCAGAAGGUGUGGGCACCACAGCAAGUGAUAAGGGAUGCAAUGUUCACCUGCCUCGCCAGGUGUUGCGUCAGGCGCUGCUCAGGCGUCUGGCACCAGGUACCACACAAUGGAGGCAGUGGUUGGAAUGCACCGAAGGUGUGCGACGCACGUACUUGCAAUACUUAAGUUUAGAGAGUGAAAGCAGCAACUCUGACUUUGCGCCCUCGGUGGUAAGCGUUUGGUCGAGAGAAUCGUGCGACCUGCUUGUUGGAGCUGAUGGUAUUUUUUCAAAGGUGCGUGAAAUUUUGGUCGGCAAGGAGAUCACAGACGAAUACUCGCUACACUAUUCGGGUGUUUUGGUGGUUCUGGGAAUAUGUCAUGGGUUUGAUCACCCUUUGUGUCAUCACAAGGUAUUACAGGUCGUGGACGGGGAGAGUAGGUUGUAUGUGAUGCCUUUCAGCGCAUCGCCUGAUGGAGACGGGGUUCUCGCCCCUGCAGUGCAAAAGAAGGAGGGCACGAAUACGGUUGAUCAGAAUGCGGCGAUGAUGUGGCAGUUUUCUUUUCCUCUUGACGAAGCGAGCGCUCGAGAUUUGACGAGCAGCAAGUUUUCGGGUGGGAUUCUCCUCAACGAGGUAAUCAAGCGAUGUGAGGGUUGGCCUGAUCCAGUCCAUGGACUCCUCGUAAGCACAAAAACAGAGAACGUUAGUGGAUACCCUGUCUUUGACCGUAACUGCGUGAGGCCAGCCGACUGUCGGGAUCUUAGGGAGAAAAGUACGCGACGAGUCGUACUAAUUGGCGACGCGGCGCAUCCUAUGUCACCUUUCAAAGGGCAAGGUGCUAAUCAGGCGCUUCUCGAUGCGGUGCAGCUGGCUCGAGCCCUCGUUCGGACGUCCGCAUACUCACCACACGAGAUCGAGCGCUUGCACGGGUGUGUUUCACACUUUUCCUACAAUGAUGAGGUGGAGUUGGCGUUGAGGCAUUUCGAAGGUGCGAUGUAUUCGCGAAGUAACGAAAAGGUAAGAAGGUCACGCGACGCGGCAGCAUACCUACAUUCACCAGCGGCGCUCGCGGAGGGAAAUCGCGUCCGGGCGCACGUGGCGGCAGCAGCAGCAGAAGCAGAAGCAGCAGACGAUAUUGUAAGGUGAAUUAUUUUGUCUCG